UAACACAUCCUGCUGUCAAGGAUGUAUUCUGUGGUGUGUAUGUGGGUGUUCGUUUGAAUGCUGCUGAUAUGUCAACCGCUUCCUCUCUCAACAUGCCUGCAGCAAAGCAUCUCACUGUCCUGGUGUCUUUGUUAACAGUUUGCAGAGGUACCACUAUUUCCACUUCAACUGAGCAGGGAAUAGUGACAAACACAAGUGCUGCACACUUCUCCAACUCCAUCUCUUUAUCCACUGGGAAUUACACUUCCAGUGCACAUCAGUCUCAACCAGCAACACAGGCUACUGCUAAAGUCACUUCAACUUCACCACAAACAACCAGGAUUAAGGAAACCAAUCCAAGCACCAGUCCAGUGACUACACCCAUUACCCACACAUCAAGUGAGAAGGUUUCCCAAGGACAGACAGUCCCAUCAGCAUCAGCAUCAGCAUCAACAUCAACAUCAGCAUCAGUAUCAGCAUCAGCAUCAGCAUCAGCAUCAGUAUCAGCAUCAGCAUCAGUAUCAGCAUCAGUAUCAGCAUCAGCAUCAGCAUCAGGAUCAGCAUCAGCACCAGCAUCAGCAUCAGUAUCAGCAUCAGUAUCAGCAUCAGCAUCAGCAUCAGGAUCACCAAAUGUUUCUACAAAUGUUGUAAACUCGACCAGCCCAGUUCUUUCAACCAAUGGGGUAAAAGAAGAGUUGGCAUCAAACCCCGGCCUCGUGGCCAUCCUUUGCAUCUUCUGUAUUGUCUUUGUUCUUGUGCUGGUGGUUGCAACUGUGAAAUGUAUCCGAUCUCCAAGAUCCAACUUUGAGAGGCUUGAAGACAUGCCCCUGGGCCAAGUGAAUGAAGAGUCUCCAUUCGCACAGUACACAAAAUGACAGAGGAGGCUGCUCAGGACACUAAAAGCGAGGAUGAGUCCAGUCUGCAGUGUGACUAAUGUUUCUGGACGGAAAAAUCUUAGAAAUAUUGUCCAUAUCAGCCAGCAUUGACUCCAACUUUGAGCUCUUUUCUUUAUUACACAGCACUUUUGUCAAUGCUAGUGCAAGAUUUCUGCCUCAGCUUUGACCUGUUUAUUUGGCUGCUGGUGAUUCAAUUGAUUAAGCUCUGAAGCUUAAUCAAAUGCUCUGGGCCUAACUAAAAAAAAAAAAAAGAAAAAAAAAAAUAGAAACCAAUAACAUUACAAGGUAACAAUCAAUGCUUUUCAAAUUGGUGUGGAUUAAAAAUGUAUAAAUACAGAAAGCCGUCAUUUUGAAUAUGGAACAUUUUUACUUUCCAUGAUUAUUUCAUAUAAACCUAAUUGUAGAUUUGGUCAUCAACAGCAAAAGGAAUCAAUGUUAAAACUUUCAAAUCAAUGAAAUCUGCAUAUAUAAUUGUUUCAUGGGUAAUGAUUUAAUUUAUAUCUCCUCAUCUAAGUGUGUAUGAGAUAUACAGUUUAAUUCUGUCCAGUUAUUUCUACCUUUGAUCAGGGAUUUACUCAAAUGAACUUGCAGAAAUGUUGUAAUUUUACAUAUUUUGUUUGUUUCGCUAUGAAAAUGAGUUUUUCACUAUAUCUCUUUGCGUGAAAUAUUCACGUAUGUGGGAAGCAAAGCUACUGUUAUAAUUGUUUGAACAUGCAACACAGCUCAAAAAGUGACUGAGUAAAAUCAGUAUAAUUCUGUAGCAGUGCAACAUGUUUUGCUGAGGGAUUUCAAUCACUACUUGAGGUAAAAAGCUAAAUUAUCAUCAGUAUCCGCUUUGCUCUCACUCUCAGAGAGUUGAAGUCUGUGAUAUCACGGUCACAAUAUAACUAAAUAAGUGCUCCCUCCAAAAUAUUUUUAAUUAGAUUUGUUUCACUAUCCUGUAUUGUGUCCAUUUUAAACGUGCAAGGUUAAGGUAUUGUCAGAGGAGUCGCCCACCAACUUGUUGGGUCCUGUAAGCUGUUGUCUUUACACAUACAUUAGCAAGUCAUGUUUCCAGAUUACUCAGAGUCAAGAGAUAACGCAUGACGACUGAAAGGCUUGAUGACCACAAAAGCCUGAACCAGUAAAAUAACUGACCAUUGUGGACAAACUGGUUGAGAGUUUGCAUAAGGGUGUGGUUUUGUUGUCUUUCUGUGUGGCUUCAUUACUGAGACUAAUGGAAAAGAAAGAGUUGGGGUGGGGUAGACGCCUGAUAAAAUGGCCCAAAUUUUGUGCCUCAAAUUUGUAAAAAAGUUAAAUAAAAUUAACUAAAAACAUUGUGAGAGUGGAGUCUUUUAUCAAGCUAUUAAUAAGAAACACUAAGUGAAAUUUGAAAAUCAUGGAUUUGUGGAUGGAUGCUUUCAUAAUAGGAAUGAUUUUGAUUAAAACAUCUGUUUAACUUUGCCUUUGACUGAAAUGUGUUUCUUUGUGCACCCGUCAG